GGGAGCAGCUGUUGGCUGCGCUCAAGCCCGGCUGCUUCCCAGAAAGAGAAAGAAAGGAAGGAGUCGGGAAGAGCUUUGCCGGCCAGCCUCUCUCUCUCUCUCGCAGCCCGCGAGCUCUCAGCAAGGCGACGCUGAACUUUCGGAGAUGGUAGAAGAGAGAUCGCGGUGAGUCUCUGUUGGGUGAGGCGCCGGCGGGGUGCCCACGAGGCUCGGGAAGGAUGGCAUGCUGCACCGGGCGCUGCACGCUGAUCUUCCUCUGCACUUUACAGCUGCUGGCUGCCUUAGAGAGACAAGUGUUUGAUUUCCUGGGAUACCAGUGGGCUCCAAUUCUUGCCAAUUUCCUCCACAUCAUCAUUGUCAUCCUUGGCCUGUUUGGAACAAUCCAGUAUAGACCACGCUACAUUGUGGUGUAUGCCAUCUGGACAGCCAUCUGGGUCACCUGGAACAUCUUCAUCAUCUGCUUCUAUUUGGAGGUUGGCGGCCUUUCGAAGGACAGUGAGCUCUUGACCUUUAACAUCUCCCGGCAUCAGUCCUGGUGGAGCGAAAAUGGCCCUGGCUGUGUCAGAAAGGAGACGCCCAUGGCCGGCAUCAAGGGCUUGGACAGUCAUUCCUACGUCUCUGUGAUUGGUUGCGCUUUGGAGUAUCGCUACAUCGAGGUCAUGCACAGCGCAUUGCAGAUUCUGGUGGCGCUGGUGGCCUUCGUCUAUGCCUGUUAUGUUGUCAGUGUUUUUACAGAAGAAGAAGACAGCUUUGAUUUCAUUGGUGGAUUUGAUCCAUUCCCUCUCUACCAUGUCAAUGAAAAGCCCUCCAGCCUUUUGUUCAAGCAGACAUACCUGCCUGCGUAAGUGACAAGGACCCAGAGACUGGACAGACUGACAUCAUCCAUCCAUCCAGAACUCGACUGCAAAAUAUCCCAGAUGUGCGACAAAAGCAGCAGCAAAGGGAUGGGAGACACAUUCCACUUACUAGGACAUGCAAACACACAAACACACACACACCAAAACAAGAUGACUGUACUCUGGCAAGUGGGCACUCGGGCCAAAAUAUUGUUUUGCUGACCGGCCAUUUAUGCCAAGGCCUCUUCCUUGUACUGGCUCAUUAGUGGACUUCCAGGUUUUGCUGUGAAUGAACGAAAGAAUGAAUGAAUGAAAUGGAAAGGAAGUAUUAUUUCCCUCUUCUGCCUCACUCCAUUGAGAAUCAGAAGAAGGCAUUUGGAAAAUCUCCAUUGAUUCUGUAACCUUCCCUUUUGCAGGAGCAUCCUUGAGUGUGCUUAACUUCCAAGAUAUCACGGCUUACACUUCAUUUUAAAUGGACCAAUCCAGUGGAGGCUGGUGCUCGUUAGGACUGGGAGGGCAGACGGCAGGGAGGCCUUCAGUAGGUGGAGCCAGAGAAAAUGGAUGGCACAGCUAGAGCCAAUGAUGGGCGGAGCCAAAUCUGCUUUUGUCCCCAUCCUUCCUCCUACUGAAUUCUACAAAGGUAAUACUGAGGAGGCCAGUGCCACUCCGUAGACCGGUGGAGGCUGGUCCAUUAGGGCAAAUGGGGCAGUGCCCCACCACCUUCAGUCUCCCCUCCAGCCAGCCCUCCACUUGUUUGUUUUCUUAUUUACAGCCAUUCCAGAGGGUGUCCACAGCUAUCAGUUUUCUCUUUGUUGUCCUUAGUCUGUGUGUUGCCCCUUGUAGAACUCAGCAGGGAGGAGGGUGGGGCCAACACUAGAAUUAGUUGGCUCUGUCUGUCAUUGGCUCCGAUGCCACCUACUAUUGGGCUCCCUGUCUUUUGCCCUACCAGUCUCACCAGCCACCACUGCCCUAGACUGGUGGUAAGUAAUGAGGUAGACAGGUGGGGGUCUGGCUGAAGGCAGACUGAGUUUGGUGGGGUGGUGUCCCACUUGCUCUAAUGGGCCAGGCUCUACUACUCCAUUUCCCCAGACUCCAAAUCCACCUCAGUUUCCCAUAAUGGACAAGGUGUUGGUUGAACCUACAGUUUAAUGGAUGGCGGUGGUUGUUUUCUAGAUGCCAUAGGAAAAUUAUUUACAAUCCAGUUCUCGACCCCACCCCUAGCCACUCCCUUUCCACCUUCAGUUCCACUCAGCAAUCUCUACUGCUAGAAGUUUAAAACUGGUUAGAAAACCUCCAUGGAUUCUAAACACCUGAGAGACAGUGGUACUGUAGCCAUAUAUUAUACUCCAGAUUCAUCUUUGAUCUAUUGAGAAGGCCUGACUUGAUCCUCAUUUACUGUGUUUAACUCAAAACUAAGGGGAUGUACGUUAGCUUAACCCAACAAAACUAGAUUGGUUUAACAUGGUCAUACAUGGGAGAAAUUAGGUAACACGGAAGAGAAAUGACCAGCAGCAACACUGGUUCACUCAACCCAAACUUGGACAAUGGUGCAGUUAGCACAGUCAGCCCUGAGUGGCAACAGCUCUCCAGCUCUGCCAUCUGAUCUGUUUUAACUGGAGAUGCCAGGGAGUGCGGCUGAAGCCUUCUGGCUGUUUUCUCACUGUACUUCAUCCCUUCCCAAUUGGACACAUAUCAGCACUGUUGUUAUAGGUCCAUGGAGUCCCCAAGCAUGCAUUGCAGUGAGUGUCUCUGUCUAAGGAUGGAGCUAUGGGGGGGAAGGGCUCAGUGGCAGAACUCAUGCUUUGCAUACAGAAGGUCCCAGGUUCAAUCCCUGGCAUCUCCAGGGUUGAGAAUGUUUCCUGCCUGAAACCCUGGAGAACAUCUGCCAGCCAGCCUAGACCAGCCUUUGUCAACCAGGUGCUCUCCAGAUGUUUUCAAUCACAACUACUGCCAGUCCCAGUCAGCAUGGAGAAGGCUGAUGCGGACGCUACUGAACUAGAUCUAAGGCAGCUUCCUAUGAGUAGCCUGUGAAGCGGCUCAGAACACAUGGUGGUGCAGUCCACACGUCACUGGCCAUGUGCAUUUGCAGCUUAUGGUAUCCAUACAUCAUUAAAGUACUCACCACUUCCACUUUCCCCAUGAGUUGACCAAGAGAAGGGUUUAUUUGUGCUGGAGAAGAGGGUUGAUUGAAGUACCCCUGAGUUUGUUCUGUGUCAUAUGUGCGGAACCUUUGGGUCUUCAGA